UUGCCAUACAUCCUUGACAACACACAAAGUAAUCAAGGGAAACAGCCUGGCUAACACCAAAACACACUAACAGGUUAUACAGAUCAAAGUAAAGUGAUAUAGUGAAUAACAACAGAAGACAAAAUGAGUCAAAGACAAGUGUUGCAAGUGUUUGAGCAGUACCAGAAAGCAAGAACUCAGUUUGUACAGACUGUUGCUGAACUUGCAAGUCGACCACAGAAUAUUGAGACAUUACAAAAUGCAGGUGUCAUGUCACUACUGCGACCUCUUCUGUUGGACAUUGUACCCACUAUCCAACAAACCGCUGCACUGGCCCUUGGUAGACUUGCCAAUUACAAUGAUGACCUUGCAGAAGCAGUAGUCAAAGGAGACAUUCUUCCACAGUUGGUCUAUUCCCUUGCUGAACAAAAUAGGUUUUACAAGAAAGCAGCUGCGUUUGUAUUAAGAGCUGUAGCCAAACAUUCUCCACAGCUAGCUCAAUCUGUGGUAGAUUCAGGAGCACUGGAUGCCUUAGUUAUUUGUCUAGAAGAGUUUGAUCCUGGUGUGAAAGAGGCUGCAGCCUGGGCAUUAGGUUAUAUUGCUAGACAUAAUGCUGAACUUGCCCAGGCAGUAGUUGAUGCUGGUGCUGUUCCUCUAUUGGUUCUAUGUAUACAAGAACCUGAGCUUUCUCUGAAGAGAAUUGCUGCUUCAGCUCUCAGUGACAUCUGUAAACACUCUCCAGAGCUGGCUCAAACUGUAGUGGAUGCUGGGGCUAUUGCACAUCUGGCUCAAAUGAUCCUGAACCCUGAUGCUAAACUCAAGAGACAAGUAUUCUCAGCACUUAGUCAAAUAUCUAAACACUCAGUAGACUUAGCUGAAAUGGUUGUUGAGGCAGAAAUCUUCCCAGCAGUACUGACAUGUCUGAAAGAUCCUGAUGAAUAUGUUAAGAAAAAUGUUGCAACACUGAUUAGAGAAAUUGCUAAACACACACCAGAGCUUGCCCAGUUGAUUGUGAAUGCUGGAGGAGUUGCUGCAGUUGUUGAUUAUGUAGGAGAAUCUAAAGGAAAUGUUCGAUUACCAGGAAUUAUGAUGUUAGGUUAUGUAGCAGCACAUUCAGAAAAUCUAGCCAGAGCAGUUAUUGUUUCAAAGGGGGUAACACAGCUAGCUAUAGCACUAUCUGAGGAACCUGAGGACCAUAUACAGGCAGCAGCAGCAUGGGCUUUAGGACAGAUUGGUCGACACACACCUGAACAUGCUAAGGCAGUAGCACAUGCCAAUGUAUUACCGAAAUUGUUACAAUGUUAUUUAAGAGCAGAUGCAUCAGAGGACCUACAGACAAAGAGCAAAAAAGCACUGAAAAACAUUCUUCAGAAAUGUGUACAUUUACCAGCACUGGAACCAUUACUGCACGAUGCUCCACCAAAUAUACUGAAACAUGUUGUUGGACAGUUUAGUAAAGUAUUACCACAUGAUUCUAAAGCUAGAAAAUUAUUUGUUACAAGUGGAGGACUUAAGAAAGUACAAGAAAUUAAAGCUGAACCUGGAUCAGCACUUGCUGAAUAUGUUAACACAAUCAAUAACUGUUAUCCAGAAGAAAUUGUUAAAUAUUACUCCCCAGGAUAUUCUGAAAGUCUUUUGGAUAGAGUGGACCAAUAUCAGCCACACUAAACAGACAUUUAUCAAAUUACAUUAUUUUCAUCAUUUCAAAUAUUCAUUUUCAUCCUGUGCAUGUAUACAAAUGACAAAAGCAAGGAAAGACAAACUAUCUAUGUAUCAAAGAAAUGUUUAAAUUGUUGCUUAAAUGUGUAGUGUUUAUAAUUGAACAUGUUAAGACAACUCAAAGCUACUAAAAAGAAAAAGCUCAUGAAGUUUAUCAUCAUGAAAACAGAUAUUUAAAAUCAAAAGUUCUAAGUGAAAAAAGAAAUUUAUUAACCAUUAUACCAGUCCUUGGCAUAUAUAGACAUAAAGAUUAAAUGGAAAAGCCUUAAAUAAUUAGUCUUGUAAGAAAAUAUAGGUAACUGUACAUUCACAGGUUUUAUACUGGGGUCUUGGGUGGAAAGGGAAAAGGGAUAGUAUUUUUUAAUGUAUUUGCUACAAGGGUAAAUGAAAUUGGAUGGAAACUGCUCACUGCAUUCAUGAUUUUUCGUUACCAUCAAAUUUUUUGACCAUGAGUGCAGAAUUUAGCAGUAGAUGGUGCUAAAUUAAAUAGUUGCUAUCAUUUGAUAAUUUAUGAAAAAAAGCAGGGCACAUAACAAGGUCUUGACAUGCUACAACCAUUGCCAAUUGUUAAGGCUACAGAAAUAUUGUCAACUAGAAGUGUUUAUAUAAUGUUUUAUUGAAGUAAUGCAUUGGUAUAUGUUUAGAUCGUUAAUUCCAAUUCAUUUGAAUUAAGUCUGUGAAAGAAAAGAAAAAACAAUCUUAUCCUAAUAAUUGACUCCAUUUUAAAAAGGAACAUCAAGUUUUUUGGAAUUGUACUUGAUCAAACCAAAAGUUGAAAACUAAUACAUGUAUUGUAAUAUGACAAAAUGAGACUCGAUGGAAUCAUGUUUUUAUAUCUUUUUAAAAAUUUUAGUGAUGUUGUUUGGAGAUGAUGAUUGAUUAUUUAUUUAUAUAUUGUAAGUACUAUCAGCAAACAAAGUGACUGUUAUUUGUUGAAUAUUUUAUAUUAUACCUGAAAGAAUAACUUAUUAAAUUAAAAUUACAAAUUUUUAA